AUGGAGACUCUGAAGGCUGUCUUCUUUGGACCAGACCCCCAAACACAGGUAGGCAACACACACUACCACUGGGUGAACCUGCGUACGCCUCCAGCUAUUAACAGACCCUGUGGACAGAUGAGAAAAUGUAAUGCACUCAUUCGAGCAAAUACGCGGCAACUCGAUCGCGAUCUUGCGCAACUCAAAGUCCUUGAUAGCAAGACACGCCAGCACAUUAUCAGUGCCUCCAAACGUGCCCAACGCAACCCCUCCCAGGCCAAACAAGCCAACAGCGAAGCUAAAACUUUUGCCCGAGAGCUUGUACGAAUCAGGAAGCAGACUACUCGCCUUACAACUAGCCGCGCUCAACUGCAAAGCGUAGGCAUGCAGGUCAAUGAGGCUUUCUCGGUCCGCAAGAUUCAAGGCAGUCUCCAGAAAUCGACCGGAAUCAUGAAAGACGUAAAUACUUUAGUGCGGAUGCCCGAGCUGACAUCUACUAUGCAUCAACUCUCGACGGAGCUAGUCAAGGCCGGCAUUAUUGAAGAAAUCGUCGACGAUGCCAUGCCGGCCAAUGAGCUCUUAGAUGAGGAAGAGGACGAGGCUGAGUCUGAGGUGGACAAGAUUCUGGAAGAGAUCUUGCAUGGCAAACUGUCCCAGGCCCCGGCCAAGCCAGAAUCCCCGGUGGAAGAGGCCCCAGAGGCAGAGCCCGAUUUCGAAGACCAGGAAGCAACUCUCGAACAAAUGCGUGGGCGCUUAGAGGCUCUUAAGAGUUAA